AUGCCGGGGAUCGACAAGCUGCCGAUCGAGGAGACCCUGGAGGACAGCCCGCAGACAAGGUCUUUACUGGGCGUAUUUGAAGAAGAUGCUACAGCUAUUUCCAACUAUAUGAACCAGUUGUAUCAAGCUAUGCAUCGGAUUUAUGAUGCACAGAAUGAAUUAAGUGCAGCAACACACCUGACUUCAAAACUUUUAAAAGAAUAUGAAAAACAGCGUUUUCCAUUGGGUGGUGAUGAUGAAGUGAUGAGUUCUACUUUGCAACAGUUUUCAAAAGUUAUAGAUGAGCUUAGCUCUUGUCAUGCGGUACUUUCAACGCAGCUUGCUGAUGCCAUGAUGUUCCCCAUUACCCAGUUUAAAGAAAGAGAUCUGAAAGAAAUAUUGACAUUAAAGGAAGUGUUUCAGAUUGCUAGUAAUGAUCAUGAUGCUGCAAUUCACAGAUAUAGCCGAUUAUCAAAAAAAAGAGAGAAUGAUAAGGCAAAGUAUGAAGUAACAGAAGAUGUCUACACUUCCAGGAAAAAACAACACCAGACCAUGAUGCAUUAUUUUUGUGCAUUAAAUACUCUUCAGUACAAGAAGAAAAUAGCAUUGUUAGAGCCUCUACUUGGGUACAUGCAAGCUCAGAUAAGUUUCUUUAAGAUGGGUUCUGAAAAUCUCAAUGAACAACUGGAAGAAUUCUUAACUAAUAUUGGAACAAGUGUACAGAAUGUUCGCAGGGAGAUGGACAGUGAUAUAGAGACCAUGCAGCAGACAAUAGAGGAUUUGGAAAUAGCCAGUGACCCUUUAUAUGUGCCUGACCCUGACCCCAUGAAAUUUCCUGUUAACCGCAACUUAACCCGAAAGGCCGGAUACCUUAAUGCUAGGAAUAAAACAGGCUUGGUGUCAUCUACCUGGGACAGACAGUUUUACUUCACUCAGGGUGGAAACUUAAUGAGUCAGGCCCGUGGGGACGUAGCAGGAGGCUUGGCCAUGGACAUAGACAACUGUUCAGUAAUGGCUGUGGACUGUGAAGACAGGCGGUACUGUUUUCAGAUCACCUCUUUUGAUGGAAAAAAAUCUUCAAUUUUGCAAGCAGAGAGUAAAAAAGACCAUGAAGAGUGGAUCUGUACAAUAAACAAUAUAUCUAAACAAAUAUAUUUAAGUGAAAAUCCAGAGGAAACUGCUGCACGAGUAAAUCAGUCAGCUUUGGAAGCUGUCACUCCUUCCCCAUCUUUCCAGCAGAGACACGAGAGCCUGCGGCCAGUUGGACAAUCUCGACCAUCGACAGCUCGAACCAGCAGUUCAGGAUCCUUAGGAUCUGAGUCCACAAAUUUGGCUGCCCUCUCUCUUGAUUCUCUCGUUGCCCCAGACACUCCAAUACAGUUUGACAUAAUUUCUCCUGUGUGUGAAGAUCAGCCUGGGCAGGGGAAAGCCUCAGGCCAGGGAGGCAGGCGUACAAAUCCAUUUGGAGAAUCUGGAGGAGGCACAAAAUCUGAAACUGAAGAUUCUAUUCUUCAUCAGUUAUUUAUUGUCCGAUUCCUUGGUUCUAUGGAGGUGAAAUCAGAUAACAAUCCAGAUGUUGUUUAUGAAACAAUGCGCCAAAUCUUAGCUGCCCGGGCCAUCCAUAACAUCUUUCGUAUGACAGAAUCACAUUUAUUAGUCACUUGUGAUUGUUUAAAGUUAAUUGAUCCACAGACACAAGUAACAAGGCUCACGUUUCCAUUACCUAGUGUAGUUUUAUAUGCUACACACCAGGAAAAUAAGAGGCUUUUUGGAUUUGUUCUUCGGACAUCUGGAGGGAGAAAUGAAAGUCAUCUGUCAUCUGUCUGCUAUAUAUUUGAAUCAAACAACGAGGGGGAAAAGAUUUGUGAUUCUGUUGGACUGGCAAAACAAAUAGCUUUACAUGCGGAACUGGAUCGUAGGGCAUCAGAAAAACAAAAAGAAAUAGAGAGAGUAAAAGAGAAGCAACAGAAAGAACUCAGUAAACAAAAACAAAUUGAAAAGGACUUAGAAGAACAAAGUCGGUUGAUAGCUGCUUCCAGUAGACCAAACCAAGCCAGUAGUGAGGGGCAGUUUGUUGUCCUUAGCAGUAGCCAGUCAGAAGAGAGUGAUUUGGGAGAAGAAGGAAAGAAGAGAGAGUCAGAAGCAUAA